AUGUACCCAAAUUUUCCAUUAGGAGUGGAACUUCGACAUUUUAUAAACAUAAAAAAUGACGUCAUGAUGGCUUCUUCUUCACAUAUGUACUUGAAUGAAACUUUACAAAUGGAUGAUGAUAAAAAUAUGUGCAGAACGGCAUUAACAUCAAAUAAAUAUUUUUCGUGUUCUCAUUCGGUUUGGAUCGUUCGAAGCCAACGGCGUGACAAUGGCGAUAAGAAGAAAGUUAGUUAUAAUAGCUAUACAAGCUUUGAAGGAGAUGAUGAUGAAGAAGGAGUCAUUUUGGGCUUUCUCAUUUGCAUGCAAGGAUCUUUUAUUUUUAUAUAUGUUAUGCCUGAUGGCAUGCUACUUAGACAGACGACAGUGAUUUCCCAUUUGAAAUAUUAA